CCAUGUGGUACAGGCGAUUAGCUUCUCUGCUCACAAGAGCUGAUUGGCAAAGGGUGAUGGGAAUUAGAUAAAGCAUAAUUAGCACCCUGAUUGAGUAAGGUAUUGUUUUUGUUGUCAUUCCGGGUUACUGGGAAAGGCCCAUUUCUCACACUGAAAAGAAGACAAUGGAGCAGCUGUAGUUCUGAAAUUAAGUGCCCAGUGAAGACAGUUUAUUCGUACUGUACUUGCGAUAGUUCAGCCCUAUUUCUUUGUUAGAAAAAGAGGUCUGAAUUUUAGAUUAUCUUUUUGAGCAUCUAUUAUGGAUUUUUUUUCUCCAGAUCUCUGCAUUUUUUGAUACAUCUUUAGGAAUCCAGGAAACAAUGAACACAUAAGGUUUCUCACGCCGGGAUUAAAAUUGCAGAGUAAAAGCAGGUUUCGAAUGACAAAGAAGUACGAUUACCAUGCUUGGUAUGUUGAAUUGGCUUUGUAAACUCAAGACGAUGUUAAAAAGUCUGACGAAGAUUUGCUGAUUUCCUUGUGAUAAGUUUUUUAACCCCACAAAGUUUAAUGAGGUUAAGAGCUACGUAUCCAUCUUUUGUAAAUAUUGCUGUUUUUGAAGAACUCUAACAUCAGUGGAAGAAUAUCAAACUACUUUGUGAAAAUAAUUGCUUCCGAGGUCCUAAUGCUGAAUCCUAAGCAGGAAUUUUACUGUGAAUUAUUUAAAGUCAAUUUAGUGGAACAAAGAAAUAUCAGCAGGCAAUUUGUAAAAUGUUAAAAUUGAAAGCCUUCUGCUUGGAUUACUGGCAGUUCUUGUGCCUACAUCCAAUCCAUGGAUUUUACAAAAGUGUGGAGGGUGAUGCUGCGGGAAGUGAGACUGGCACCUCUCUUGACAGCCCCUCAAGCUACAGCCACGGCCCAAUAACACUCAGCGCUGCCGCUAGCCCUGAUCAGUUCGAUGGUUCUUCAUUGGUAUCAUUCGCUAUCUCACCCGGUCAGCAACGUCCUCGGAGGCCAAAGCUACAGCAUUCCACCUCCAUAUUACGGAAGCAAGCAGAGGAAGAUGCAAUCAAGCGCUCAAGAUCUUUGUCAGAGAGCUAUGAACUCUCCUCGGAUCUGCACGAUAAACAGGUGGAGAUGCUUGAGCGUAAAUAUGGAGGACGUUUCAUAACGAGACAUGCGGCUCGAACCAUUCAGACAGCAUUCCGCCAGUAUCAAAUGAACAAAAACUUUGAAAGACUGAGAAGUUCUAUGUCUGAGAAUCGCAUGUCCAGACGCAUUGUUUUGUCCAAUAUGAGAAUGCAGUUUUCCUUUGAAGGACCUGAGAAAGUCCACAGCUCAUUUUUUGAGGGAAAACAGAUGUCUAUGACUGAUGAUGCAGGAAAAUUAGGAGCUAUUGUUCAGUCAGAUUGUGAAGAUCUCGAAGAUUCAGCAGUGAUGAAGUCUCCAGCUAAUAACAACGAUUUUGCAGAUGCAAUAACUGAGCUUGAGGAUGCUUUCUCAAGGCAAGUAAAAUCACUUGCAGAAUCAAUUGAUGACGCACUAAACUGCCGCACCUUGCACACUGAUGAUGGGCAUCCUACUGAGCAGGCCAAACGUUAUAAAGAAAAUAUGCAAAAGGAUGAAGAGAUGGACAGUAUAUCUUAUGCUAAAUCUCUUCAUGAAGCUGAACGCAGAAAGUUGGAUGAAAUGUCUGCAUCAUACAGUGAUGUCACCCUGUAUAUUGAUGAGGAAGAGCUUUCUCCUCCACUCCCGGUAUCGUUACAUUCUGUGGAUAGGCCAUCCAGCACAGAAUCAGAUUUACGUCUCCGUUCAAUAAAUUCUGCCCAGGAAUACUGGUCCAUGACCCACAGGGAUGACAAACUGGACACGGAUACAAGCUGCAGGAGCACCCCUUCCUUAGAGUGUCAGGAGGCGAGGCUUCGUAUUGAUCACCUCCCUUUGCUAACGAUUGAGCCGCCCAGUGAUAGUUCAGUGGAUUUAAGUGACCGUUCAGAAAGAGGCUCGCUAAAGAGACAAAAUGCCUAUGAGCAAAAUCCCAAUAGCCAGCGUGGAAGUCCCAAACACAUAACACACAUAUCACAUUCAAUACCCACUAGAAUACACCAUCGUGAUGAAGAAUCUGCUCGCCAUCGACCACGUCAGAUUGACAGCCAUCUUGCUAUAAACGGCUCAGCAAAUCGACAAAGCAAAUCAGAGUCUGACUUUUCCGAUGGGGAUAAUGACAGUAUCAAUAGCACUUCCAAUUCCAAUGAUACGAUAAACUGCAGCUCAGAAUCCUCAUCCAGAGAUAGUUUACGAGAACAAACUUUGAGCAAACAAACAUAUCACAAGGAAACACGAAACAGCUGGGAUUCGCCUGCAUUUAGCAAUGAUAUCAUAAGGAAACGCCACUACCGUAUUGGUCUAAACCUCUUCAAUAAGAAACCUGAGAAAGGUGUACAGUAUCUGAUUGAGCGUGGAUUCGUUCCUGAUACCCCUGUUGGUGUAGCACACUUCCUCCUGCAGAGAAAAGGCCUCAGCAGACAGAUGAUUGGCGAGUUUUUGGGCAAUCGCCAGAAACAGUUCAACCGAGAUGUACUUGACUGUGUUGUUGAUGAGAUGGAUUUUUCAGGAAUGGAAUUGGAUGAAGCACUCAGAAAGUUUCAGGCACACAUUCGGGUCCAAGGCGAAGCUCAGAAAGUAGAACGACUUAUUGAGGCUUUCAGCCAACGUUACUGUAUCUGCAAUUCUGGAGUAGUGCGACUGUUCAGAAAUCCUGAUACAAUCUUCAUCCUAGCCUUCGCAAUCAUUUUGCUGAACACAGACAUGUACAGCCCAAAUGUGAAACCAGAACGCAAAAUGAAACUGGAGGACUUUGUCAAGAACUUGAGAGGUGUGGAUGAUGGAGAAGACAUCCCUCGAGAGACACUAAUAGGAAUUUACGAACGAAUCCGCAAAAGGGAAUUGAAGACAAAUGAGGAUCAUGUGUCCCAAGUUCAGAAGGUCGAGAAAUUGAUUGUGGGGAAGAAACCGAUUGGAUCAUUGCAUCAUGGACUUGGUUGUGUACUUUCACUACCCCAUCGAAGAUUAGUCUGCUAUUGCCGAUUAUUUGAGGUUCCAGAUCCAAAUAAGCCUCAGAAACUUGGCUUACACCAGCGAGAAAUCUUCUUAUUUAAUGACCUGCUUGUGGUUACAAAGAUCUUUCAAAAGAAGAAAAAUUCAGUGACCUACAGUUUCCGGCAAUCCUUUUCCUUGUAUGGGAUACAAGUUCUCCUUUUUGAAAAUCAGUAUUACCCAAAUGGAAUGCGACUUACUUCAGCUAAUGCAGGCGCUGACAUCAAAGCUCUCAUUCAUUUUAACGCCCCCAAUCCACAGGAUCGUAAAAAAUUUACAGAUGAUCUUCGUGAAUCUAUUGCAGAAGUUCAAGAGAUGGAAAAGUACAGGAUAGAAUCUGAAUUAGAAAAACAAAAAGGAGUUGUACGGCCAAGUAUCUCUCAAACAUCAGGCCUGAAAAAGGAUCCUGGUAUUGGCACAUUAAGCAGGACCAGUCUGGAUGAUAGUUAUACCACUGGGGAAGGUUUAAAGAGGACAGCCCUAAGCAGUUCGCUCAGGGACCUUUCAGAAGCAGGCAAGCGUGGGCGCCGCAGCAGUGCAGGAUCGCUAGACAGCAAUAUGGAAGGGUCGGUCAUUAACAGCCCUCAUGUACAUCGAGUCAACCCAACUGCACGAGAAAAUCCAAUCCGUCCUCAUCAGACAAUGUCAAACUCAUCAUCAUUGCUUGGUUCUUUAUUUGGUGGUAAAAGAGGAAAAUCAUCUACGCAGGGUUAUUCUUUAGCAGGGCCAUCUCAGCAAUAUCCUCCACAUCAGCAACAUUCCUCAGCUAUACAUCACACAGGUCAGACAGAAGUACAGACACCGCAGCUACAUGCGCACCAUUCCCAAUUCUGCCACGUACAGCAAACACAGCCUCAACCACCUCCUUAUCAUCACCAUCACCACUAUCACCCUCCUCAACAGUUCCCUCAUCAGCAUCACCAGCACCUACAGCAUUCCCAGCACGCGAGUCAUUCCCAGCACGCGAGUCAUUCCCAGCACGCGAGUCAUUCCCAGCACGCGAGUCAUUCCCAGCACACUCCAUACGUGCAACAGCACCCCCACGUAACACAUCCUGCUGUGCCCAUUUCCCAUUCACAGCACCCUACUCAUGCUCAGCACCCUCAGCAUCUCCACGGCCAGCAACCUCCAUCUGCUCCCACCACUAGCAAAACCAAACACACAAGUGGCAUAAGUACAAUAGUGUAGGAAGAAAGAAAAAAUAAGAACAUUCUGUGCUUGUAAUGUCACAAGAAAGCUGCACUGGCACUUACAAUUGCAGCAAUAUAUGAAUCUAACUUCCUAACUCGAAAGCACUUGAUAAUAUUACUGCAUACUAUUGAUAGUAUCCGAUUGGAAACAUGGAAUUUACAGUUCCAGUACAAAAUAAGAAACAAAAUAAUUACAUUAUCCUUUAGGCUACCCAGGGGAAAGUUAUCCUAGGUUUCUUUCUUUGCCUUGCUUUGAGGCAGGCUGAAGCCUUCUGUGCAGCUUACCAUUCAGUGUUUGUGCUGUUCUUUUUCCAGCAGUUGUUUAUUUUUGUCUUUCCCUUGGUGUACUGUCUGGCAGUUGUUUUAUUAUUUCAAAUAUGGUAGCCUGUAACAAAAAACUGAUGUGGAUCAAAUGAUUUUGAAGUUGCUUUGUGACAAUGGUUUCUGACAGUGGAAGAAACCUUAGUGUAAACAGAACAUUGUUAUGGUGGCUUUGUUUGAAUUUUAGUCUUUAAUGGUUUAAUUGCACAUGGAAAGUAAUGUUCAGAAACCUGAAGUUGCAAAACAAGCCUCACUUUUUAAAAAGUUUCAAAUAAACUAUUCACAGAGACUUAAAACUGUAGAAUUUUGAGCAACAAUAAUUAAUGUCAGUAUUUAUUUAGCAGUAGCCCCUUGGUAACAAACACAUCAUAAAUAAUCUAUUAAGUGUGCCAACUAUAUCAUCACUUAAUAUUUUAAUCAAAAUCUGCUUCAUGUAUAACAUGCAUCUGCAGUUCUUUCCUACACAUGCAUACAAUAUUUUAAUAGGAAACGCUGCACACCUAUUUGACUUCAGUAUUGAAAUUAGUACGAUUAAUAUUAUAGGUGAGCUAACUAAUGAAAUUUAAUGCUGUUUGCUAUUGAGUUGGCAUCUAAUUAUCUGAAUUUGCCAUCCUUCAUUCCAAAGCACUGCUUAUCAGUUGGAGAUAAAUGAAGGUAAAAAAAUAUAGAAUAGGUCAAAAUUGAUCUGUUUUCAUACAGUAUAAACAAAACUUCAUGUACAUACACAAACAUUCAGAAGUCCGCACUGAGAGCAAUUAGAUGCUGAUAGCAAAACCUUCAAAGAUGAAAUUCCAUUUUCUUAAGAAAGAGAGAGAGAGAUAUAUUUUUUUGCUUCAAAGUACAUUGCACUCAGCAGGCUGAGUACAUCUCACACAUAUCAUUGUCAUAUUUGUUCCUAAAAUUUAAAUUUUGGUCCCUUUAUUUCAAAUAUGGAUUGGUGAUGUCACCUAAUAUCAAAUUAUUGCAGCCAAUGCACUGUUGAAGUGACAGCAAUUGUAAACAUGCAAAAUAUUAUAUUUAGUGAUCAAAUGAAAGGUCUGCUAAAAAUAAAGGAACAUCAAUGGCAUGGACCUUUCUAAAGUAAGACCAGCUCAGACAUUUUUUCUAAAAAUAACAGGUUUCCCGACAUAAAUGCCAGCAAAUCUAUGAACUGAGCACUUUGUUAGCUGCCGUAGAGAGCAAAGACAGCAAAUAGAGUCUAGCCUUUUUUCCCUUGUUUUUGUUUCCAGUGUGUGCAAUAUUUUCUUAGUGCUACGAAGUGAGAAUAUAUGUCAGGUUUGUUAAUUUAAUCAUUCUUGAACAACUUGGACCACAAAGUCUUAUCUUGGACUAAUUCCUGAGAUUGUGUUGCUUUCUGUAUAAAGAUUGAUGUUCUCAAUGAAGCAGGCUAUCUUGCAUGUCAUUUAAUGUUAAUAUUGUCAGGCUACACUCUACAUACUGUAUAUUUGCAACAUCUUAGUGUUAACAUUAAAUAUAGUUGAGGUAAAUUGAUCGCAUAUUAAAAUACUUAGACUGUUUCUUCAGACCUCUGUACUUAUAACUAUAGUCUAACUGUAAUCUAAAAUUUGUUCCAAAAAAGAUCUGGUUGCCAUUCUAGACAAUAGCGGUGGGGAGGGUUUUUCCAAGGUCCUCUAAGAAUUACACAAUAACUCCUUCAUGAAGACAUUUGUCUGUUACAUAUACUGUGCAUAAAUUGUUUGAGAUUAUCGUGAAUUUUCAUUGUAAAUAAAAAUGUAUUAAAUUAGGAAUAGUGUGGAUUAUUUUUUAUAUUUACUCUUAAAUAUCUGCAUUAUCAGUUGUACUGGCUUAUGUAUAGUGCUCGAGUGUUGAUGUGCAAAGGAGUUCAAACACAUGGUGUAUGUCUUUUUUCCACAUCUUACUAAAGCAUAUUCUUUCAAGAAGAUGUUGGGUAUUUCAAAUUUUAAUUUAUGCAAAUAAAUUCCACCAAAUAAUAUCAGACUGAAAAGAAUACACUCUAUGGCUUGUAAUCCACCCACCUUAUCUUGCAGAUGUUGCUGACCUGAUCUUUUCUGGAAUAACACAACUAAUAUGUAUUUGUAUUGGGUUUUUUAAGUUAAGAAUGAAAUGUAUCAUAAUGUGAUUUGUUUUCGAUAAGAUCACUUUAAUAUUAGUGUACAAGUAUUGUAUUGCUUAAAAAGGAGAGAAAGCUGCAACCAUCUGAUGUCAAAUGUUUUCCCAUCUUGCAAUGCAUGCUGCAGAAGCCUCUUGCUUCUGGUAACAAAGAACUGAAUGAAAGUCAGCAAAUACAAGUAAAACGUUUGAUGUUCAAUUUACUGUCUCAUGUAAAACUAUGUGUUACUGCAGUCCAGCAUGUAUUUAAGUUUGUACUCAUUGUACAAAAUCAUUUGACACUGCCACUUCUGCCUGCAAAUAUAGCAAAGUAAUUGUGUACAUAGACUAAAAAAGAAAUACCCUAUCUCAAGGGUGAGAUGGGAAAGGAAUGGGAAAUUAGAUUGAAGAGAGUUAAUAAAUAAACAAUUCUUUAAUUUGUAUAUAAUUGUAAAUUAGUUUUACCAAUGUCCAUAGUCAUUUUAGGGUUGUAUUACUUCUGUUCCUAUACUAUCGUAAUGCUUAGAUCUGUUGUACUUCUGUGGCAGCCAUGUCAAACUAUAUGCUUAUUGCAAGCAAUGAGUUCUUGAAAACAUACUAAUUGUCAUAUGCUUUCAAAAAUUCAUGCAUUGUAACUAUUUUGCAAAUCUCAAGAUCCAUUUUCAAUGUAAAAGGGGAAAGGAGUGGUUUCAUUUUAAUAUGCAUUAUAGUUGCAAGUAGUACACAACCCUAUCCAUGUCAAAAUAUGGCUGUGAUAAUGUGGAGAACGCAAAAUAAAUUAUACAGAAAUACUA